AAUCAUGUUUAAUUUCAUAGGGGCUGGAUUUAUUUAUUUUUUUCACAUCAUGGAGAGAUUUUAAUGCGUGUUAUUAUAUACUUUAAUUUUUUUCCCCUGGUAGUUUUAUCGUUUUACAUCGACAUGUAUUGAAUUAGACGUGUACUUUGUAGAGUUCCGCUGCAUAGACAAAGGUAAACGGCAAACUUUGAGAAAUCAGGCUCCAUACUUGAUCGUAAAUUGAAUGGAUCAUGGCGGUUAUCGUUCGUCAACCUGGGACUGAUAUUCACGACCUUUUGCUUUAAAGAAGGCUAACGGGAACUUUUCAUUAAGGUGAAAAUGGGGAAGAAAAGGGGCAAAGACGCAAGCUCCAGGGAGGAUGAUGACACUGACCUGACGGAUCCCUCCUGCAGACAUACUAAGAAGGGUAUAGAUCGCAGUUUUCUCAAGAAGUGCGGUGAAAGUUCUAACUGGACCAUUUGCCAAGACUGCAAAAAUGACGAGCUGACCAGCCCAGCUGUGCCUCAGGAGUGUGAAGAUGAAAAGGAAACCCCAGCCAUAUGGAUGUGCUUGAAAUGUGGACAUAGAGGCUGUGGGCGAAACUCUGACAACCAGCAUGCUGUCAAACAUUCUGAGACUCUUCGGUCAGAUCCUCAUUGUCUGGUGGUCAGCAUGGACAAUUGGAGUGUGUGGUGUUACUUAUGUGAUGAUGAUGUCCAGUACUCCAAAUCAGGGCAAUUGGCUCAGUUGGUGGCCAGCAUUAAAAAGCAGGUCUUGUCGAGCCCUGAAACAAGAAAGCAACAGAGAACAGAUGAAAUUUUACUGGAAGAAGAACAGAUGACUCGUACUACAAUGGAUGAGGAAAACAGGGAGGGCAGUGAAAAUGAGGAAAAUCAAAAGAAGAAUGUCAGGAAGGCGGAUGUUAUGAAAUCACAGAAGAAUGGCACAAAUGAAGGCAGCAGAGCUGUGAUAGUAAAGGGACUGAGUAAUCUUGGCAACACUUGUUUUUUUAAUGCAGUUAUUCAGAACCUUUCUCAAACACAGUUGUUGAGGCAGAUACUCAGUAACGUGACAGAAGACAGGAAUAGUCUUGACAUUAUGCCUGGUGCCCCCUCAAAUCUGGAGCCUAUUGUUGUUCAGUUAGACCAGCCUGGAUCCCUGACUUUAGCUAUGUGCCAACUGCUCAAUGAGAUCCAGGAAUCCAAGAAGAGUGUAGUAACACCUCGGGAAUUGUUCACACAAAUUUGUAAAAAGGCUGCCAGGUUCAAAGGGUUUCAGCAGCAGGAUAGCCAAGAGCUCCUUCGCUACCUACUGGAUGGGAUGAGAGCCGAGGAGAUGAAAAGAGUGAGUGCUGGGAUAUUAGAAGCACUGAAAAAAUCUGGAAAAACCGUGGAUGAAGAGCAGUUGAAGGCAUUAAUUAAAGAAUAUGAGAAAAAUGGAUUUCCCAAGAAUUGUGUUGACCAAGUGUUUGGUGGGGAAAUGACCAGUACGGUGAUGUGUCAACAAUGUCAAACGGUGUCAUUAGUCACAGAGAUGUUUCUGGAUCUCUCCCUACCAGUUUCUGAUGAAGCAUAUCGAAAAAGAAAACCAAAAAAAGGAGCCCAAAAUACCAGCGAGUCAAGCCAGGAUGGAGGAGAGAGCCUUAGUUUGAUCAAUGGACAUGAUCUUCCCACUGGUGCUGGCAGCAAGUACCAGCAGAAGAAAGCCAAGAAGCAGGCAAAGAAACAAGCAAAGAAUCAAAGGAGGCAGCAGAAAUUUGAGGGGAAGGUCACAUUGGACAGUAUCACAGCUUUGAGCCCUGUAGAGAAUACACAGGCAGAUCCUACAAACUCACAUGUCGUGGAAAAUGCUGAUGAUGAGACUUUUGAAGAGGCCCCAACUAGUGAAAUCAACCCUAUGGUAAUGUCUCUCCCCAAAAAGGACAAAGAUGAUCUUGAUGCAGUCCAAAACAGCAGGGAAAAAGAGGAAGAGGAGCAUUCCUUCAAUGAGUGUGACUCAUCUGGUACAUCCGCGGUCAACAAUCGAUUUACUGUCUUAUCUGAAGACAAAAAGAACAGCUUCGAAGACGAAAAUACGUCAGAUUUGGAUCAGGAAGUAGAGGAGGAUACACUUUUGGUGGGUGAUAUGGAGAAAAUAUCCUUGAAUGACGGUUUCAUAGAAGACUUUGAUCCUGCAGAACAGGGCAAAGAGAGUGAAGAGAUGCCAAUGGAGGCUAAAGGAUAUACUGUAGUAAACCAGGACCCAGAGCUGGCCUUCCGCACUCUCGCGAUGAGAGUGACACCAGAGAAACAAGAGUGUUCAGUACAAUCCUGCCUGUUUCAGUUCACCGAAGUGGAAAACCUCACAGAGAACAACAGCCUGCUAUGUGUGUCAUGCACUAAAAGGCAGUCAAACAAUAAAGACUCUCAAGGAUCCAAGAAGAAUGUAUACACUGAUGCCGUGAAGCAAAUUCUGGUCUCCUCUCCUCCAUCAGUGCUUACUCUUCAUUUGAAGAGAUUUCAACAGACUGGCUACAGCAUUUGUAAGGUGAACAGACAUGUCCAGUUUCCUCAGGUAUUGGACCUAGCACCUUUCUGUGCUCUAAAUUGCAAGAACGUCACAGAGGGAGAUGCCCAGGUGCUGUACAGUCUUUAUGGUAUUGUAGAGCACAGCGGAACAAUGAGAUCAGGCCACUACACGGCAUAUGUCAAAGUGCGGCCCCAGGGCCCGACAUCUACAGCCAAUGGACUCGCAGCACAAGGCGGAGGAGAUAUAGAGCCACCCAAAGGAUCCUGGUUCCAUAUCAGUGAUACUAGUGUCCAGCCUGUGACUGAGAGCAAAGUCCAGAGUUCCCAAGCCUACCUGCUCUUCUAUGAAAGGAUUUGUUAGUUAUCCGGGCCAACAUGACUCAGGAAAUCAGAACAAGCCAACCUGUUGCUGCUUAAGGCCUAAACUAACAGAGGCCUAUUUACAGUUGACCAACCUCCUUGUAUGAGGCACCCGACCAUAGUUUUUGCCUUCUUUUUUUCUGCAGCGAGUGGAGCAUGAGAAGGUUUUGAUUUAAAUCAUCAUGUCAGUGGGAGAGGAACCCCUCAGCCUAUGUAUUGUAAGGUUAGGGUAGUGUUUUGUUGCAUUUAAUAGUGCAGAGGAUGAAUAAUAAUAAUAAAUCAAACUUAUAUAGCGCUUUUCUAACACUCAAAGUGUUUUUACAGUAAACGUGGUGGAACGACAACAUUCAAAGACGAUGUUUUAAUUCAAAGGAUUGAAGGAAAACAUUGGCUACUUCUGAAUCUCAUCUGUUUCUUUUAGAACAUAAUUGCACAAUUGAAGUCCUCUCCCACUACUGCCAACUGUUGGACUCUAGUUGACAUAUAAGUUUUUUUGUUUUUUGUAUUGCGCAAUUAAAUGUUUGGAAUUAAGCCAAAA